UAUAUUUGUGCUAUGUACCUUAUAAGUAAAACGCCUCCUGAUAUUCAUCCACUACAAUAUUGGCAAGUACUUGGGCACGCAUCAUGGUCCACGUCCGCAUCAACGAGCGCGGAGCUAACCCGAAUCCGCCCAUCAACUUUGUCUCAGUUCUGCCUAUGGUCGAUGCCACUCUCGAGGACGACGCUCGGCAGCUUAUGCGAGCGCUGGCCACGCAGGUGAGACCCGUAAUGAAGGAGCACGGUUUCACCGUGAACAGUCUCGAGGAGUACGAGUACAACCGGGUGUUUGCCGGGCGAAAUUGGAGCAAUGGAGAGACCAUUGAACUGGUUUUGAAGUCUGCUAACGGCUCAUUUGUGCCCAUUCACUGGCUCAUGAGCACAUUGUGCCAUGAACUCGCCCACAUAAAGCACAUGGAUUACGGGCCUGCUUUCCAAGCCCUGUGGCGACAGCUGCGCAAUGACGUCCGUGCCCUGCAAAACAAAGGCUAUUACGGCGACGGCUAUUGGUCUUUCGGGACUAGAUUGGCAGAUUCCGCGACAAUAGCUGGCAAAGGCAUCGGAAUGGGCGACCUUCCUGAAUACAUGUGUGGCGGAGCUCAUUCACGCGCCCGACCUGCUUCCUACCAACAACGUAAAAGGACUACAAAAUUUAGUGGGCCCUCUGUGCACACUGGUGUCCAAUCUGAAAAGAAACGUAAAGCCGGAUCCAGGAUUACCAAUGCUAAUGCAUUCAGCUCCGGGGGAAAGGCACUGAACGAGGAUGCAAUCGUCGAGAAGAAAGAAGCGGGCACGGGAUUUAUGGGAAGAAAGCCGGAAGGUGAUAAACGUGCACGGGAAGAACGUACACUUGCUGCUGAGAGACGUAUGCAGACCCUCAAAGGUUUGGCACUUUCCUCCCCAUCCUCUUUGCGCCUGAAGAGUGAACUUACAACAGAUUCAGAAAGCGAGCCUGAUCAUGCAUCACUGGAAAUAGACCAAGACCGUCGAAGAACCAUGCUUGAAUCUGUCGGAGGAUAA